AUGGGGCCGUUAGAUGAUACUAAUAUGGAGUUUCUUGAAAUUCUCGGUCAAGGAAGUUUCGGUAGGGUUUCUCAAUACCGUAUCACUAAUGAUGACAGCAUUGUGGCCGUUAAAGAAAUCUCGAUUGCGAACGCUUCCAAUGCUGUUCCUGGUUGCAUCAUCAGAGAGGUCUCGUUUCUAAAAGAAUUGAAUCAUCCAAACAUUGUUAGGUUAUUGAAUGUAACGAGCAAUGAGGAAACAAAUACGGUGAGCCUUGUUUUCGAGUGUCUUGAUUGCGAUCUUAACAAGUACAUUAAACAGAAACAACUCUACGGUUCAUUGGUUCAUAGUCCCUUCAGAAGAAAGAGUUUUCUGCAUCAGAUUUUAUCUGCUGUGGAGUACUGUCAUUCUCAUAAGAUUAUUCACAGAGACUUAAAACCAAGUAACCUUCUAAUCGAUCAUAAGAAAAAGAUAAUCAAACUGGCCGAUUUUGGUUUGGCUAGAGAGUUAGGAGAUCCUGAAAUGCUCUAUACAAAGAAGAUAGCAACUCGGUGGUAUAAAGCACCAGAAGUUUUGUUUAAUAAAGGUCAAUAUUCAACUCCAAUGGAUAUUUGGGCUGUGGGCUGUAUAUUUGGUGAGAUGGUACUUGGACAACCGAUACACAGUGUUUUUGAUUGCAUUGGUGAGCUAGAGCUGAUUUUCAGAAUGUUUGGUACACCAACAGAGGAAACAUGGCCAGGGGUCACUAAAUUAUGUGAUAACCUUCAAGACUAUUCGGAAUCUGAUCCAAUGGACCUUUCAACAAUUUUUCAUGAUCUUGAUCCAAGUGGUCUUAAUCUUCUAACGAGGAUGCUUUGCCUGGACCCAAACAAGAGGAUUUCAGCAGAAGCUGCUCUAAAGCAUCCUUACUUUUAUGACUUGGUUCAGGAAAAACCUUAUUGGUACUCUCAUGAACUCAUUGCUUAUAAUAGAAAGCCUGAAGCUGUUAUAUGCCAUUCAUAA